AUGUUAAAUCACAUACAAAAAAAUAUAAAUAAUUGCGUGCCGUUAUUAGGUGAAUAUUGUUUAAAAAAUGGCGAGUGUGGGACGGAAAAUUCUUUCUGUCUGAAUAAUGAAUGCCGAUGUAAGGAUUCUUUUUAUGAAUAUUCCAAAAAGCAAUGCCUACCAAAAAUUAUUGGUAAAGAAUGUCAGGAAGAUACAGAUUGUAGAGAAAUAAAAUUUGCGGAAUGCUCAAAAAGAAAAGUUUGUGUCUGUGCCAAAAACACAGUAGCGCUAUCUCCGGGAUUGUGCUACCCAUUAUUAAAUGAAGCUUGUCAAGUGGAUGAAGAUUGCAAGGUAGAUUAUUCUAUUUGCAUCGAAAAUGUAUGCAAAUGCAAACCUAAACAUUUUUCUUCUUCUAUUGGAAAUUGCACGCAAAUGUAUCUAGGUAUGCCUUGUAAAUAUGACUUACAAUGUAGAAUCUACAUGGAUAAAACGAAAUGCUCCCCGGAUAAAGUAUGUACGUGUGAAUAUAAUCACUUUCAAAGAAAAGAUGGAUUUUGUAAACCUGAAUGGGAAAGAUCAUGUUUGAAUGAUGAACUAUGUAAUGAUGAAAAUUCUAUUUGUGUUGAUGAUAAAUGUCAAUGUAAGCCACAAUUUAAAGUUCAAGGAUCAAAAUGUAUACCAGGUAUAAUAUGA